AGCUAGUAAAAGGGAACGCGCGUUUCCCGAUCUCACAUCAGUCGACGCCAACCGUCCUUAGUAUCUAAUCCCCCUCUUCCUCCUCGCGUCUACUCGUUCAGAUCGCGUCCCCUCACCGACUAACAGAGCGAUGGAUGUCCAAGGUUCUCGGCUUUGCCGAUAGCACCCCGCCCGCAGGACCAGCAGGCCCAGCGCCGCUACCGAGCGCCGCAUUCGGCUGCUCGAGAGAGAGAGAGAGGUGAAGGACGCCUAUCUUCGCAGACUUGAAAUGAUUGGAUCCAGGAUUGCCUACUGCAAGUACCUGUGACAGCGCCACGCAAUACGAUAUCAAACACCCAGCCAAGAAAAGCCUUGGGACUUAGCUAUUUAUUCUUCUGCUGUAAAGAUGCACGAGAAAAGGAGAGGACGAGGCUUGGCCACGGCCUUCACGGCGGGAGGCCUCAGCGCCACUUGCUCCACUCUCAUGUUCCAACCCCUCGACCUCGUCAAGACCAGGAUGCAAAUGCGCGCCCUGGCCGCUCCACUCUGCCUGGCAACGGUGCAGGGUGGGCCGGCUUCGGCGGGGAUGGUCAGCACUUUUGUCCACGUCGUUCAGAAAGAGAACUUCACCGGUCUCUGGAGAGGGACCUCUCCGAGUCUGCAGAGGUCCAUUCCAGGGAUCGGUCUUUACUUUACCUCCCUCACUUUCCUCAAGUCACAACUUGGAAAGUCAGACAAGGAUCUUGCCCCUCUGGAAGCCCUAUCAAUCGGGGUGACAGCAAGGUCGUUCACGGCAGCCUGCUCAACCCCCUUGACCAUCGUUAAGACCAGAUUUGAGAGUGGAAGGUUCCAGUAUCGCAGUGUCCUUGAAGCCCUGACCACCAUUGCCACCACAGAAGGCCCUAGAGGUCUAUUUCGAGGGCUGUCUGCUACACUGGCCCGUGAUGCUCCAUUCUCUGGUCUAUACCUCCUAUUCUACACACAGGCCAAGCAGGUGGCCAUGAGAGCUACUCAGACAGACACGUUGGCCCCCUCCCUCAUGUUCUCCUGUGGAGUAGUUGCAGGACUAGCUUCUUCCAUCAUCACCCAGCCUGCCGAUGUCGUCAAGACCAGCGUCCAGACGGGAACCCUUCCCAACUCCACGGGACUUCUGCCCACGAUCUCUUCCAUCUACCAGACCCGGGGACUGAGAGCCAUGUUUGCUGGGAUCGCACCGCGUGUCACUCGCAGGACUCUCAUGGCCGCCUUCACCUGGGCUUUCUACGAACAGGUACGACCUCCCUCUUACCCACUGUCUCCCUCGCUCCUCUCUUUCAACUUCCCAAACUUUUUCUCAACCUCUUCCCCUUUUCCUCUGUCUCCAAAAAUGAUAUUGAUCUCUCUCUCUCUCUCUGUUUUGCAGAUUUUGCUGCUCGUUGACAGCCGUUUCCACUAGCUCUCUACAAAGAACCAAACGAAAAAUAGUUACUUCAUGAAUCAAAUUGAUUUAUACGACCCUCAACUGCAGUUCUAUUGGCUGACUACCCCACCGGCCAUUUUCACACAUAGUUUGUUUUUGUUUGUGCUCAAUUUUCCAACCGCCUCUCUCAUCUUCUCUACUCUCCUCCUCGGCCUUCUCAUCCUCGCGAAUUCAGUGCUGGUGAUCAUCACAAGCACUAUAACUCAUCUGUCAUAUCAGAUCUAUUAUACAGUGUAUGCAGACCACUUCCUCUCUCUCUCCACCCUCCUCUUCUUGUCUCUCCUCACCUUCCAACUAUUUAUUGUGUUGUAUAUACAACACAUUUUCGUCCUAGACCUUGUCUUUUUCAUCCCUCAUCCAACAUCAAUUCGUUCUCAGAAUUGGACCCCAGGAUUGCAGAAUUAUUUUUGCAAUUUCCAUAACUUUCUGUCAACAUUACAAAUACCGCGCGCGCUAUGUAGCU